AAUAUUUGGUACCUGCUUAAAUUAAAUGGACAUACAGACAUUUUUCUAAAAUUCUUAGUUUGUGUUCUGCAGAAGAAAGAAAGUCAUGCACAUUUUAGAUCGCAUGAGGGAGAGUAAAUAAUGAGAGAAUUUUAACUUUUUGUAUGAACUAUUCAACUCUUAAAUUGGUUUACAUUUAAAUCUUGAUUUCCGCCUUUUCUCACUUUUGCGCGCUCUCAACAGUGCACGUAGAGAAGCUCGUUCCCAAUUGUUUUACUGCUAUAUUUGUUGAUAUAGUUUAUUAUUAUAUUGUUUUCAAAAUGGUGCGCAUAUGUGCUUUUCCUGGAUGCUUCAAUCGAGAGAAACUAGUGAGACUCCGUCAUUGGGGAUCAAAAACGCAGGGGGAAAGUUUGACUUUCCAUAGAUUUCCAAGGCAUGAUCCACAGAGAUUGAAGCUGUGGCUUCUCGCUCUUCGCCUUGAUCUCAGCACACCCACUAAAAUUGUCCGUGGACUGAAGGUGUGCAGUGAACAUUUUUCACCAGACGAUUUAAUUGAAAACGGGAGCACAGGAAGACGAGUUCUAAAAUCAACAGCAGUGCCCAUGCUCGUACCAAAAACAGAGGAGGCUGUGAGUGAAAAAGAUGGAGACACAGAGGUCCUUGGGGAUGAGAUGUUUUUUGCCAGUGUUCCACCAUCAAUCCCAGAAAAGCCAGAGACCAUCAGAACCAGCAAUGGACAAAAUGAGGAAUCACAGUCAAAACUGAUUUUGAUCGUAUCUAAUCCUAAUCAGACGCAGUCAUCAACAUCUAGGACAUACUAUGCUUUCCCUCCUAUACAGUCUUCUCAGUCAGGUGAACCAGCAGAAACUGAGGUUAAAAUAGAAAGUACUGACAUAGAUGUCAACAUGCUUUCUGUAAGUCCUCCAUCUUGCACGAAGGAUCUCAAUCUUAUUCCUCCAACUUCAAGCCAAACUACAGGGCAAGAGGAGGACAAAGUAAUAGGCCAGCAUUGGAAGGAAAGAAAAUGGCUGGUUAACGAAUCCUCUUUGAUGAAACUGUUUAGGUUCUGCCAACAAUGUGGAGCACCGGUCAGGGAACCAAAACAAAUAACAUCAGGGAGCCUCAUCCUUGUACAGUGGGAGUGUUCAAUGGGACACAGAGGGCAGUGGAGUUCAUGUUUUGAUGUUGGGGGUAUGGCUGAGAAUGACCUGCAUGUGGCGGCAUCUAUAGUGUUCUCUGGAGCAACAUAUGUUGACAUUGCCGAUUGGGCUGCCCUGCUCAACCUUCAGGUGCCAGAUAAAGCUACUUUCAAUGGAAUCCAGUCAUCAUACCUCAUCCCUGUCAUAGACUCUGCAUACAAAGAACAGCAAACAGCACUGCUGCAACUCUUGCGUAUGCAAAAUAGGCCCCAGAAGAGAGUGCAUUUGUCAGGGGAUGGAAGAGACGACAGCCCAGGGUUCUCAAGCAAAUAUAAUACAUACAGUUUCAUGGAUGACACAACCAAUCAGAUUGUCCACUUUGAACUGGUGCAGGCGACAGAAGCAUCUAGUUCAGGUGCUAUGGAGCCUGUAGGUUUUAAGAGAGGUCUAAACAAACUUUUGGAGAAAGGCAUUGAUGUAGAGAUUGUGACUACUGACCGAUCCCCCUCAAUAAGGAAGGUCAUGCAGGUGGAUUAUCCAGAUAUCCACCAUGAGUUUGACAUCUGGAGUGUGGUCAAGGGGUUUUAUAAGAAGUUGCUAUCAGUGUCUUGGAAAAAGGGAAAACAAGACCUGCAGCCCUGGGUCAAAUCCAUAUGUAACCAUUUGUGGUAUUCCUGUUCAACUUGUGGAGGUGACGCCAGUGACUUAACUAAGAAGUGGAAGUCCCUUCUUCAUCACAUUUGUGGUGUACAUCACUGGAUGGAAGAUGGAAGACAGCACAGAUGUCAUCAUGAUGACCUCCUACCUGAACAGCAGCGGAGAAGAAGAUGGCUUAGAAAAGAGUCACCUGCCUUCCAAUCACUAUCAUCCCUUGUUCUGAACAAAGGUCUCAUAAACGACUUGAGGCAAAUGGCACUUUUCAAGCAUACAGGCAAGCUUGAGGUCUUCCAUUCCAUACUUCUGAAAUAUUGUCAGAAGAACCUCCACUUCCACUACACAUCCAUGACAGCUCGUACCAAACUUGCUGUCCUUGACUACAAUGAAAAUGUUCACCGUGGAAAGACCACAACCACCAAACCCAGCAGUCAACAACACAAGGCUUUGUGCACACCCCAUGAACCAACAACACAAAACUUCCGAGAUGAUCUUUUUCAGAAGGUUCUGCAGCGGCGCAUGGACCCCACUGUUGAGUUCAAGGACCAGUCCUCUCAGCUGGCACUUCCCCAACUGCCACCUUAAAAAGCACAAAUGCUAAAUUGAAUCAAGAAAAAGCAAUUGCAAUGGAUGUGUAAAUGUUUAACAGAUAGAAUAAAAUGAAUCAUGUUAGUUUUUACUUUGUCUC